AUGACCCGUGCAACAAAGUCUGAAAUUGAGACAUACUUGGAAGAGGAUACCGAGGAGGAUAGUGAAAACUUUGAUGUUUUGGCAUGGUGGAAGGCACGCACAGAAAAGUUUCCUAUGCUAUCAACCAUGGCUCGAGAUUUUCUCGCAAUUCCUCUCAGUACAGUAUCUUCAGAAUCAGCCUUCAGUUUGGGAGGUAGGUUACUUGGAGAUGCAAGAAGCUCACUGACCCCCGAGACGUUGGAAGCUUUGGUGUGUGGGAAAGAUUGGCUGUACAUGGAAAAAAUUAUGGACAAUGAAAACAACUUGGUUCAUGCUGGGCAGCUUUGUGGUGUUGGUGUGAGCAUGACAGGAAUGUCACCCCAGCCACUUACAUUGCAACUCACGGGACAGAUCCACCUUCCAAUCAAGGUUCUAGUGCAGAGGGUGUCCAUUCAUUGUGAAAGACGUAAGAGGAGGGCAUCUCAGGGUGGACACAUCUUCUUUCAAAACCUUAGUCUUCUUGGCUAUCCCCUGUUUGGCUGUUUCCACUGGAUGUUGGUGCUCUAGUUUGCAUGCUGAAAGACAAUGUCGCGGUGACAAUCACAUUGGCAUGGAACGAUCUGGCUCUAUAUCAUGUGUUCUCUUGCAUAUCUCAGUUGGCUUGUGUAUGAGUUGAUAGAAAAGAGGAUUCUAUUUAUUUAGAGGUAUCUUGUAGAACUUAAGUACCAUUCUAUGGUGAUGCAGUGAAAUUCUUAUGUCCAGUUAGGUCCAUAUCACUGUUAAUCGAUGAACUUAUGUACCAUUCAAAAAUCUUAUGUACCAUUCUAUGGUGAUGCUGUUGGUUA